GGGACUCUGAAGACGGCGCGUCCCAGUCUGGCGUCGGUACCAUGGCGACGCGCCUUGGGGCGCCGCUGGAAAUGGCGGUUUGCUCCGUGUUUCGCGCCCGGGAUUUGCCCGCUUUCCUGCUGUUGGUGUUGUCUAGCGUUUCGCGGUCUCAGACCUUUUCUCUCCCUUUCCGGCAGCCGGAGACCUGCGGCCAGGACCAGUACUUCGAUAUCUCUGCGCUCUCCUGUGUUCCGUGUGGAGCCCACCAGAGGCAGAGUGCUCAAGGUACGUCAUGCGUGUGCCUCCCUGGAUUUCAGAUGAUCUCUAAUAAUGGAGGACCUGCCGUUGUUUGUAAAAAGUGCCCGGAGAGCAUGAGAGGUGUCACCGAAGAUGGUUGGAACUGCAUUUCUUGCCCUGGUGGCUUAACUGCAGAAGGAAAAUGCCACUGUCCCACUGGCCAUAUUUUAGUGGAAAGAAAUGCUAAUGGAACAUUGUUGUCUCAAGCAACUUGCGAGCGCUGUGAUGAAACGGAAGACGCCUUUAUGGUUGCAAACGCUUUAGGAAACAGGUGUGUCCGAUGCGAACCAACAUUCAUUAAUACCAGCAGGUCCUGUACAUGUUCAGAACCGAACAUUUUAACAGGGGGAUUGUGUUUUAGCAGAAUGGGGAAUUUUCCUGCCCGUAUGAUUUCAACUGCACGUUAUGCAGAACUUGGCAUUUCCUUAAAUUCAGAAUGGUUUGCAAAGUACUUGCAGUCUUCAGCAGCUGCAUGUUGGAUGUAUGCCAAUCUCACAUCCUGUCAGACUCUUGGGAACAUGUGUGUGAUGAACAUGAACUUCCAUGAUGCUGCCACAUUUGAUGCAUGUUGGCUCUUCCAGUUUGUCUAUGCGAACACUGCUGCACUAGGCACUGUUCAUUCUAUUUCAUUUUGGAGGCAGAACCUUCCGUGGCUGUUCUAUGGAGACCAGCUGGGAUUAGCACCUCAAGUUCUCAGGACCACACCUCUUCCUACAAACUUCAGUUUUAAAGGGAAAAAUCAGAACACAAAACUGAAGUUUGUUGCUGCCUCCUAUGAUAUCAGCGGCCGUUUUCUCCAGUGGCAGUCUUUAGAAGGAGGUGUUUUACAGCUUUGUCCAGAUACAGAGGCAAGACUAAACGCUGCUUAUUCUUUUGGAACAACUUAUCAACAAAAUUGUGAGAUCCCUAUCUCUAAAAUCUUGAAUGACUUUCCCACUCCUGUAUUUUAUGAUGUAUACCUUGAAUAUAGUGAUGAAAAUCAGCAGCAGAAUAUCUGGGCUGUGCCUGUGCUAAAUCUGAAUCUCCAGCACAAUAAAAUGUUUGUGAACCAAGACAGUAAUUCUGGCAAGUGGCUUCUGACGCGACGCAUUUUCUUGGUGGAUGCAGUAAGUGGACGAGAAAAUGACUUGGGCAGUCUACCAAGAGUCGUUCGAAUUGCUACUCAGAUAUCACUGAGCAUCAACCUUGUACCCAAUACAAAGAAUGGAAACAUCUACCCUCCCUUAAUCACCAUUGCGUACAGGGACAUCGAUACCAAAGACCCCAACAGCCAGUCUGUGAAGGUUUCUUUCUCAGUCACAUAUGAAAUGAAUCAAGGAGAAGCACAUAUCCAAACAGAUAUUGCCCUGGGUGUGCUGGGUGGACUGGCUGUUCUGGCAUCUCUUUUGAAGACAGCAGGAUGGAAGAGACGCCUUGGUAGUCCCAUGAUUGACUUGCAGACAGUUAUGAAAUUCUUGGUGUACUAUGCUGGUGAUCUGGCCAAUGUCUUCUUUACCAUCACAGUGGGAGCAGGUGUUUAUUGGCUGAUUUUCUUCAAAGCUCAGAAGUCUGUCUCUGUUUUGCUGCCGACACCUGUCCAGGAAGAAGAUUUUGUCAUUUAUGUAGGAUGCGCUUUCGCUCUGAAAGCUGUACAGUUUUUGCAUAAGCUCAUGUCCCAGAUAACUAUAGAUGUAUUCUUUAUUGAUUGGGAGCGACCCAAAGGAAAAGUUCUGAAAGCUGUUGAAGGUGAGGGUGGUGUGCGGAGUGCCACUGUUCCUGUAAGCAUAUGGAGAACAUAUUUUGUAGCAAAUGAAUGGAAUGAAAUUCAGACUGUGAGAAAAAUCAAUCCACUUUUUCAAAUACUUACUGUUCUCUUCUUUUUGGAGGUUGUGGGAUUCAAGAACCUAGCGUUGAUGGACUCAUCAUCUAGUCUUUCCAGCAGCCCAUCUGACUACAUCGCUCCUUACAGCCGCAUCUUGAGAUACGCAGUGUCAGCUGCACUUUGGCUAGUCAUUGGAGUUAUACAGAUCGUGUUCUUUGCUGCUUUUUAUGAGAGAUUUGUAGAGGAUAAAAUUCGACAGUUCGUUGAUUUAUGCUCUAUGAGUAACAUAUCAGUAUUUGUGUUAUCCCACAAAUGUUUUGGAUAUUAUAUUCAUGGUAGAUCAGUACAUGGCCAUGCAGAUACUAAUAUGGAAGAAAUGAAUAUGAAUCUUAAAAGAGAAGCGGAAAAUUUGUGCAGCCAGCGAGGUUUGGUACCCAACACAGAUGGCCAGACUUUUCAGAUGGCCAUUUCCAGCCAGAUGCGGCAGCAUUACGACAGGAUUCAUGAGACGCUAACGAGGAAAAAUGGCCCUGCUAGACUACUGAGUUCAUCAACAAGCACUUUUGAGCAGUGCAUAAAAGCGUAUCAUACAAUGAAUAAAUUUCUUGGCUCUUUCAUCGACCAUGUUCAUAAGGAAAUGGAUUACUUUAUAAAAGAUAAAUUGCUUAUUGAAAGAAUUCUUGGGAUGGAAUUCAUGGAACCAAUGGAAAAGAGCAUCUUUUACAAUGAUGAGGGCUAUUCUUUCAGCAGUGUUCUGUAUUAUGGAAAUGAAGCCACUCUUCUUAUCUUUGAUCUGCUGUUCUUCUGUGUUGUGGAUUUGGCUUGCCAAAAUUUUGUUUUAGCAGCCUUCCUUACAUACAUACAACAAGAGAUAUUUAGAUUCAUCCGUAAUACAAUAGGACAGAAGAAUUUGGCUGCUAAAACCUUGGUGGAUCAGAGAUUCCUGAUUUAAUUUGUUGAACAGACUCAAUCGUGGCAAAGAAUGUCAUGAUGUCAAAUUAGUCUGCCAUAUAUUUUUUAAUUUUAAUACAGAUUAUUCUGUUUUUAUUCAUUUUUAUC